AUGAACUCUUUGUGGCCCUCGCGGCCUGCCAACGAUGGUGGCGCCGCCGAAAAGGUACCGCCACUGACCGGCGAUGUUGCAGAUGCUGUGGUAGCGGACGCUGUCGUCGCAGACGUUGGUCCCGAUCCGAGCAAUCCACCUCCUCCGCCUCCACCACGGCCGUCCUUGCAGAGAAACUCAUCUGCACCCUCUCCUGCUCCGGCGCCAGUUCCGAUACCCCCGGCCCCAAUGCCUCCUGCGCCCGAACCUCAGCAGCCUACAGACUCGCUGUCAUUGAUGCAGCUUCGUAAAAUCGUUGCCGAGUUCAGUCGUGGCGAGCCUGUCGCCUACGAUUUCGUCUACAAUGACAUGAGUGUCCACGACGAAGAGGUUGACGAAUGGUUUGUUUACCAGUUUUGGCAAUGGGUGCGACUGAACGCCGCUCAGCGAGCCUUCGAAUGGCAGUGGCAGCACGACUACGAUAUACAGACAACUUGGGAAGAGACGGAGCACCAGACCAAGGCCAGGUUCACGCUAGAUGCCCUAGAUGGUCUUCAAGUCAAGGACCCGACACAACGUGCUGCGCAUAUCGGCAAAGUUUUGUACCUAGUGCUAGGUCGAUGGGGCGAUACUUCGACGCCUGACACUGUAGGUGAUAGGAGGUCGGCUGCCAGUGCGACACAAUUAGAGGCUAUCAGAUCAAGCAUCAGCUUUCUGACAUCUUUGGACGGCAUUAACACUGUUUGGUCGGCUCUGCAGAGCUGCUUUGAUGUAUUCUGGUCGGAUGAUGCUCGCCUCGUCCAGCCCGGUGGCGCCCAAGAAGCCCAGGAUGAACUUAUUAAUCUCAUGACCAUCAUGUAUGUCAUUAUCCAGGAGGCACUGAGCUUCCCCAAAGAACUGGAGGCCACCAGAGCCGAGCUUCUUUCUCUUCAACCUGGACUGGUUGAUUUUAUGUCGCUCGCAACCUCGAAGCUACGUUGGGACGAUGGGAAUCUGAUGCCAUCCAGCCAGAUUUUCCUCCUCUUCUGGAAAACUAUCCUGCUCGUUUUCGGCGGCACAAAAGAGGUAGACGAGGCGAAAAAGGCAACAAAUGAAUCACCCAAUGCAAAGUCCAAAGACUUUAUCACGGCAUCACCUCUAGAUUACCAUGUGUUCCGACAAGAGCUCACAUCCAAGUAUCCGGCCUAUGUCCCUCCGCGGACACUCAUUCCUCUAGAACCUGAGAACACAACCCUUCUUCCACCCAUACCAAAUCAGCCCACGAGGACCAGCGCAGCCAAUGGAAUUUUUCCGGGACCGCCCACCUCACAGAGCGGCGGCGCUUCUAUCUUGCACCAACCCGUGCACAUUGCGACGCCGGCUCCAUCACCGCCGCCGUCUCCUGGUGUUGGGGGCAAGGGCGGCAAAAAGCAAAACUACCAGACGAACCAGAAUUUCCCAUUCAUGUACCCACCUCUAGAUGCCACAAGCAACAGCGCUGGUGGUAAAGGUGGAGCUGGCUUGCAGGAACAGCUUGUCGGUCGCAGGUGGGAGGGCAGUGAUAUUCCUGCGUCCAUCUUGGAGGCAGGCGAAUUAUUUGCAAAGAGGGUUCGCAUGACCCGUGCUACGCGACAGCUGUGGGAAGAACGUGAAAGCUUUCUCAAAUUCGAGAGAGGGUGGGAAGCAGAUGGCGACGACAGCGAUGUUGAUAAUCUCGACCUCGAGGGGCUGACCCUUGAAGAGAAGCAAGAGAUUGCUGCGUUCAAGGCGGAGACCAAAGCUGAGGAGCGUAGAGAAGCGCAACUUUCGAUGCGAGAGCCCGAAAUCGACUGCGGCCCUUCAGCAGACCAAGUAAAAGAUGAGAUCAAGCGGCGUUUGCUUGCUGUCGAAAGCUUCUACGUGGGUGGUUUUGGCACUUUGAGCUGA